GCUCCGGGAGCGCGACUGGAGCGCCGAGGGGCGGUCCCCGCGCCCGGUAGAACCGGCUGGCAGCUGUGCCGCGCCCGGUGCAGAGCGCCGGCGCCAGGCCAUGUGGUCGGGGAACCGCAGCGGCGGCGCGAGUAGCUGGGACGGCGGCGGGGCGGCGGGCGGCGGGAGCCCGGGGCCGGCGGGACCGCUGAGCCGCGCGCCGCCCUUCAGCCCGGGCACCUACGAGCGCCUGGCGCUGCUGCUGGGCGGCGUGGGGCUGUUGGGCGCCGGCGGCAACUUGCUGGUGCUCAUCCUCUACUCCAAGGCGCGGCGGCUCCGCACGCCCACCCACCUCCUCCUGGUCAACAUCAGCCUCAGCGACCUGCUGGUGUCCCUCCUCGGGGUCACCUUCGCCUUCGUGUCCUGCCUGCGGAACGGCUGGGUGUGGGACGCUGCGGGCUGCGCGUGGGACGGGUUCAGCAGGAACCUCUUCGGCAUUGUCUCCAUUGCCACCCUAACUGUGCUGGCCUAUGAACGCUAUGUCCGCGUGGUCCGUGCCCGAGCGGUCAGUUUUCCCUGGGCCUGGCGGGCCGUUACCUACAUCUGGCUGUACUCCUUGGCGUGGUCAGGGGCGCCUCUCCUGGGCUGGAACAGGUACAUCCUGGACAUACAUGGACUAGGCUGCGCUGUGGACUGGAAAUCCAAGGACGCCAACGAUGCCUCCUUUGUGCUUUUCUUACUUCUUGGCUGCCUGGUGGCACCUGUGGGCGUCAUGGCGCAUUGCUAUGGCCAUAUUCUGUAUUCUGUUCGAAGGCUUCGUUGUGUUGAGGAUCUUCAGACAAUUCAAGUGAUCAAGAUUUUAAAAUAUGAAAAAAAAGUGGCCAAAAUGUGCUUUUUAAUGAUAUUCACCUUUCUGACCUUUUGGAUGCCUUAUAUUGUGACUUGUUUUUUGGUGGUUAAUGGUUAUGGACACCUGGUCACUCCAACAGUAUCUGUGAUUUCCUAUCUAUUUGCUAAAUCAAGUAGUGUAUAUAAUCCGGUUAUUUAUUUCUUCAUGAUCAGAAAGUUUCGAAGGUCCCUUUUGCAGCUGCUGUGUUUCCGGCUGCUGAGGUGCCAGAGGCCUGUAGAAGACCCACCAGCUGGGAGUGAAAUGCGGACCAGGCCCAUUGUGGUAUCACAGAAAGACGGGGACAGGCCAAAGAAAAAAGUGACUUUCAACUCUUCUUCUAUCAUUUUUAUCAUCACCACUGAUGAAUCACUCUCUGCCGAGGACAGUGACAAAACCAGGGGGUCAAAGAUUGAUGUAAUCCAAGUUCGUCCUUUAUAAGAAUGAAUAGUGGUAGUGAAAGAUGAGCCUUAUGUUGGACACCAAUUUUAGAUUUCUGAUAUAUGGAAUCUGGGAAUCCAUUCUAUGUAAUAGCAACAGGGCUUUUGUAGCCAGCAGGAAAUUGUAAUUGCCCCCAUGCUUGCCGGCCCCCGGGAGCAGUUGAACAAGACAAAUUCUUUUCAUUCGAUGGGUGCUUUUACACAAUGAAAACCCUCUCGUGGCACAAGAUGGGCACCUGGCACCACCAACUUCCCACAUGUUGGAAAUUUUUAUUUCAAGUAUCUUUUCGGAAUGACAGUAUUUUCCAAGACACAUAACACAUUUUUCUCAAAAAUACUGACCUGAAAAAAUACCUUUGUCUCACAUGUGUGCAAAAUAGCUGGAAAACUUUGAAGGUUUUUAUAGUGUUGGGUCCUGUUCAGUGUCCUGUCCUGUAUUUGACCCAGUCAAGUUUGUCAGAGACAAUUCUAGAAUAAAGAAGAAAAUCAUCCCCUUCACUUUAUCUGAAAUAAAAGACUAUUGUAUGUGUGCAAUAUGGUAAGAGGAGCUUCAGACGAAUGUGCUGCUGGGCCAGUCUCUAGCAGGUAAAGAAAACAGGAUGGCAAAUUUCAAGGAAAUGAUGGGGUAUGGGUAAUCACACCCAAGUAGAGGAUGUACGUGGAGAAGAUGGUGUCGAUGGCAACUUCAUCUACUUCAUUUCAAAUAUAACAUGGCAGGAUUAUCCUCUCCUUUUAGUAAUUUCCCACAAUUUUGUCAAGAGUUCUAGAUUUAGAAAAGAAUUCCAAGCAAUGAACUGAACAAACCUACAUUUGAAGGGGUGUAAAAAUUAGUGCAGAAUUGUACUCAUCAAAUGUAUUAUUUAAUCUUUAUCCCCCUUCCAUAAUCCAUUGGAUAAUUGGUAGUGUUAGUGAAGAGGCCAGUUUUCCAUGAGUCAUUUCCACGAGUUUAGACUAAAUUCAGAUUAUGAGAACUCAAGGAUUUCUUUGACAAUAUACAAAAAAACCAGUGAAUCAUUUUUUUAAUUAGAUGACUGUCCUGCUAAUGUUGCAUCUUCACAAUUAAUCAUGUUUGAAAGACUUGUAAACAAUUUGAUCAGCCUAUUGAAGAAAGAAGAACCAAACAAAACAUUUUCACUAAAUAAACUUAAAAAACCAAGUUAUUGCUCAUUCUGUUAUACAGCAUGGGAUUCAAGGAUAAGUUAGUAAAUUGCUUUUGAGAGUCUGAAAUGGACUAAAAUAUGGCUUCAUGUGUCCCUGAAAAUUGUUUCUCCUUGUUUCUUUUCCACAGUCUUGUAUAUAGAGCUAUUUCAUUGAUAAAUAAAACGCUUCCUAUCCUUCA